UCCAACACCAUGGACGGUCCGCUCUUGGAGCUGUUUCCCCGCUUUGACGACUUGGAAGAUCUCCUUCGAAACGAGGUCGAAGCGAGGUAUAUACUCAAAAAGGCAACGGAUCACUUGGACGGGGUUAAGUCCAACGAUAAGGCUGGAGAGGAAGAGGAAAUUCGAUAUCUGAUAUGCGCGCUGGUAGACAGAAACUGGGAGCGCAUUCACACCGGACAUUUCAGCAGUGUUCCUGUGACUACAAGGCAAAUCUAUGCCAUUGCGUGUUUCUUCAAGAUCUGUUUCCUACUCCUGGAGAGCACAGAUCCAAGGCAAAAGGAAAAAUGCAGUGGAAUCCUGGACGAGGCUCAGCUGCUCGGCUGCACAGAUGAUUGGAGCGAGCUCAAGGCAGCUCUCAUGGAAUACCUAGACAAAGGCCAGCAGGAGACUGCAGAGCCAUUGCCGAUUCUUGCGGCUGUGUUGAGGGUUUCGUGCGCCUGUGACAUCCCACAGAUGGAUGCUCCUGGAUUGAACGAAUUUCAAACGAAAUGUUUCCAGCCACAGCAGCCCACGCUGCUGCUGAACACCAUCAAGCACUGGCCAGCCAUGGACAAGUGGCGGGACUUGAACUACCUCCUGCAAGUGGCGGGCAAUCGCACAGUGCCUAUAGAGAUUGGCUCCAAUUAUGCGAGCGACGAGUGGUCCCAGCAGCUAGUCAAAAUACGCGACUUCCUGCGGCGGCAAUUUGCUGACCAAAGCGGAGACGGCUGUCGGGAGAUUGAGUACUUGGCUCAGCACGAGCUCUUUGCGCAGAUUCCAGCACUGAAAGCGGACAUCUGUGUGCCAGAUUAUUGCACGUUGAGUGGUGCGGAGGAGACGCCAGCCGCUGUGGACAUCAAGGCGUGGCUGGGACCAGCGGGCACCAUUUCGCCCAUGCACUACGAUCCCAAGCACAAUUUACUCUGCCAGGUGUUUGGCUCCAAGCAGAUUAUCCUUGCAGCGCCCGAGGACACGCCGAAUCUGUAUCCCCACGAGAGCGAGUUCCUCGGGAACACAUCGCAAAUAAAUGCGGCGGAGCUGGACUUGAAGACGUUUCCACUGCUGGAGCAAGUGCGCUUCUAUAAGCUACUGCUCCAGCCUGGCGAUUGCUUGUAUAUGCCACCAAAAUGGUGGCACUAUGUGCGCGCAGAGACGCCGAGUUUUUCUGUGAGUUUCUGGUGGGAGUAGGCGAAAACCUCCCACCUGGCAUGGCAUACAUAAAACA